CAAUGCUUCUACGAUCAGCUGUCAGUUCUAAAAAACAUAACAAACCGGCAACGACGUAAACAAACCGUGCACCAACUUCUGUAAUGCAACAAAUUGUGCAACGCACGUAGUGCUAACAAGGGUGAAAAUAAUUUUACCAUGUGGAGCUCUAUUUUACGUACCUUUGUAAAUCGUCAUAACCAAACAGUGUUACCAGCAAGACGUAUGCUGCUGGUAAACGUUGCACAGUAUUCAAAUCAACGUGUGGCCGUUCCACUGCGAAGCAAAAAGCCCAAAUCCAGCAAACCAACGACACAAUACUUUGUGGAUAGCCGACAUGUUCGUACCGUCGGUGGUAAUGGUGGUGAUGGAUGCGUUUCCUUUCUUCGCCUCUGGUGUAACGAAAACGCCGGACCAGACGGUGGUGAUGGUGGCAAUGGGGGGCACGUAGUGCUGCAAGCAUCACAGGAUGUAAAAGAUUUGAACCACAUAACCUCACUGCUGCGUGCGGACGAUGGUGAACGUGGCGCAACGAAAGAUUGUCACGGAAGGAAUGCUAACCACACGGUGGUUAAGGUACCGAUCGGAACGAUCGUUAGGAAUCCGCAAGGAAAGGUGGUGGGAGAUCUGGACAACGAAGGCAUGAUGUUUGUAGCGGCCCGUGGUGGUGCCGGUGGAAAGGGAAACCAUUUUUUCAAGAGUGAUCUUGAACAAGCACCACAGGUAGCGGAAUUCGGUGCCACCGGAGAAGAAACGGUGUACUCGCUGGAACUUCGCAGUAUGGCACACAUCGGAUUCAUUGGACUUCCAAACGCAGGGAAGAGUACACUGUUGCGUGCCAUUAGUCGAGCACGUCCGAAGGUAGCCGCUUAUCCAUUUACCACUCUGAAGCCCCAUCUAGGUAUUGUGCAGUACGACGAUUACGAACAGAUUGCUGUGGCGGACCUACCCGGAUUGAUUGAAGGUUCGCACAAAAACAAAGGUCUUGGCAUACAGUUUCUCAAGCACGCGGAACGUUGCAAUGCGCUGCUGUUCGUGGUGGAUGCAUCGGCCGAUGAACCGUGGAUUCACUAUCACACACUCAUGCACGAAUUAAGCAUGUUUAGCGAGGAACUGGUAUCGCGACCACGCUUCAUAAUAGCGAACAAAAUCGAUCUUCCCGGAGCGGAACGGAACGUGGAACUGUUGGCCCAUCAUGUGGACGUACCGGUCAUACCGAUCAGUGCCAAGAUGGGCACAAAUAUAGCCGAAAUGCUUCAUGAGAUUCGUGUCGUUUACGAAUCGUGUCGGGAACAGAAGGAACAACGACCUGAACAAACUUCCUCGGAAAAGUGAUAAAAGUCCCCACAGAAAAAAGACGAAUAGUAACAAAAUAGUUUCUCUACUGUGUAAUAAACGUUAAUCUUUAUUAAGCCCGAAUAA